AUGGAAGAGAAAUAUAUAGGUUUAGCACUAGCCGUCUCGUCUUCUUUUGCCAUAGGCUCAUCCUUUGUUCUCACAAAACUCGGCCUCUUAAAAGAUGGAUCACGUGGUGAGUCCUAUACUUACGUCAAGAACCCUGUUUGGAUUUUAGGUACUGCUCUUAUGGCCAUUGGAGAAAUAGCCAACUUUGCUGCCUAUACUUUUGCACCGCCUAUCCUAGUCACUCCUUUGGGUGCUCUUUCCGUCAUUAUUGGUGCCGUUCUUGCAGCCAUAUUUCUCAAGGAAACCUUGGGUGUUCUUGGAAAGAUGGGAUGUGCCAUUUGUUUGCUUGGAUCCGUCAUUAUUGUUCUUCAUGCUCCUGGUGAUAAGGAGGUGACCACAGUCGACGAAAUAUUGGAUUAUGCUGCUCGUCCCAUGUUUCUACUGUAUGCUACUGCAGUGGUAGUGUUUUCCUUCUUUAUGAUCUACAAAGUUGCGCCUAAGUACGGCUCGCAGAAUCCUAUGGUGUACAUUUCAAUCUGCUCUGCGGUCGGUUCCAUUUCUGUUUGUGCCAUUAAGGCUUUUGGUAUUGCUCUUAAGUUGACAUUUGGUGGAAGUAACCAGUUUACACACGUCUCCACCUACCUAUUUAUUAUCACAGUUGUUGUCUGCAUUUUGACACAGAUGACCUUUUUCAAUAAGGCCUUAGCACAGUUCGAUACUUCCAUUGUCAAUCCGCUCUACUAUGUUACUUUCACUACAGCCACACUUUUGGCUUCUUUUAUUCUAUUCUCUGGUUUUAAUACCACUUCUGCUGUUGAUGUCAUAUCUUUACUCUGCGGCUUCCUUAUCAUAUUUUCCGGUGUAUACAUUCUCAACAUUUCAAGGAAAAAUCCUGAGGAGGUUAGUCGUGAAGAGUUUUUCUCUACCAAUAAGGAUGGAUUAAGUGAUAUCUCCUUGAACAAUGAUAUCUCUGCCUAUCAGAUCCGAAAGUCCAUUGAAACGAAAAGACCAAAACUACAUCAGGGUACAACCAGCAUUAACAAUACCGACCAGUAUUAUCAGAUUCCUAACGAAAAUUCAGCCUCUUCAGCUAGAAGAUCGGAUAGUUUCGAAUUGUGA